AUGAUAUCUUGGAAACUAGUUCAUUCUCUAGUUCUGGCAAUAAGUGUUUGCCUCGCCUUGGCCCACGAAAAUUUAAGUUCCAUGGAGAUUCGGAGCAGAGUAUCAUGGACCUCCCUGACUUUCGACGAGAAGGAUGCGUACGUAAACGCCGAUCUCUGCCUUCUGGCCGCACCUUCGAAGCUAGGUCUCACAGGGGCCGUGUCGCGUUGGGAUGACAUUCAGUGGCCACAUGUAGUUCAGUCUGCCAGUGUCCACAACGUCAGUGCCUUUUUACCGUUCCAACGAUACCUCAUGACUGCGCAUGAGCAUCUCAUUAGGACCGAGUGUAAUUACACUGGCCACAUGCCAUAUUGGAUGUAUGAUACCGACAUGUUCGAUGAUCGAUACUUUGGCGGUAACGGUACGGACGGCACAUAUCGAGUGAUUGAUGGUAAAUUUGCGAAUCUGACGCUGCGAUGGCUGGGGGAUGGGUCAACAAAGGACCACUACCUCACACGUAAAAAUGACGAAGCCUCGUUGAAUGGGACCGACCGGGAGAAUAUUGCUAAGAGUAACGCGAUAACGAAAUACACUUCGGCAUGGGAAUGUUGGGCUUCGGGUUCGGGUCCUCAUGAGGCCGGUCAUAGAGGUAUCGGUGGCAUUAUGCAGGACGACGCUCUGAGCCCUGGUGAUAUCCGCUGUUCUACCUGCACCACUCUUGGCCCGACAAUCUGUGGAGUUCCGAGUGCUCCAGGAGCACCCCAAAACCCAACCAAUCAUCUGGGUGGCACUGGUCCGGAGUUUACCAACUACUUUGGUGACAACGGCGGCAACGUGACCACUUUGAACCAUAACAUCUACAUGGCAGAUAUUCUCCCCAACGUAACCAUUGGCCAGCUCAUGGACCUUAAUGGCCCGGUCAUUUGCUCUGAGUACUACUGA